AUGUGUACAGACAGAUUCGCCACCCGUUUUGGUCAGCCCGCCAUUGACAACAAGCAGGAUGUCGAGGUCGUUAGCGGAAGUGAGAACGGAACUUUUACGACCUUGGUGUUCAAAAGAAAACUGGUUUCUUGCGAUCCGGAGGAUAGAACAAUAGACGAAAGCACCAUCCGUGUGAUCUAUUCGUACCGUGAUGGUGACCCAGACACACCCACUGGGGUGUCUUAUCACGGGAACCAGAGGGGCACCAAGUCCAUCCAGUUACUGUCCUCCCAGGCGUCCCAAAACAACCCCAUCAUGCCCAGUGACGCUGUCACACAUGAUCUAUUGAAUAACAAGGUUAAGGUCCCAGGUAAGGACACCACCUACUGGUGCCAGGGUUUCAAGGUACCUAAGGCAUCGAAGGUCCACCAUAUGAUUAAGUACGAACCAGUCAUCCAGCCUGGCCACGAAGCCUUAGUUCACCACAUCCUGGUGUACGCAUGCUACCACGAUGUCCAGGAUGCCGACCUGUACCACAACAGAGGAGUGGAGUGCUAUUCUGGAAAUAUGCCACCGACUCUGAGGCAGUGCUUCAAACCGAUCAUAGCGUGGGCCAUUGGAGGAGGGGCCUUUUACUACCCGGAACACGUAGGGUAUCCUUUUGGAGACAAAGAUAGUCCAACUUUCCUCAUCAUGGAAACUCAUUAUGAUAAUCCACAAGAAAGGUCAGAUUACGUCGAUUCUUCUGGAAUUCGAGUGACAGUAAUCCCCAGAAGACGGCAGUUCGACGCUGACGUCAUCGAGGCCGGAGUCAGUGUUAAUCACAAUCACGUGAUCCCUCCACAUUACCCAGAGUUCUAUUCAUGGGGCCACUGUAACUCCCAGUGCCUUUCCAAGGCUUUGGUCAGCCAGCCUUCAGGCAUCAAAGUGUUCGGAACUAUGCUUCAUGGGCAUCUGAAAACCACUGGGGUCCGAGUACGUCACUUCCGGAACGAGAAAGAGCUCCCUCUAUUGACGUACGAUGAUCAGUACGAUUUUAACUACCAAGAAGCGAGACACAUGAAGAGCGAACGCGUUAUUAAAUCGGGCGACUCAAUACUGGUGCAGUGCCGAUAUAAAACCACGGAUGAAACAGACAUCACAUACGGAGGACUGACGACUAAAGAAGAGAUGUGCCUGGCGUACCUGUUGUACUACCCGAAGAUCUCCCUGAAAGGCUGCAAGUCCCAGAACAGGCAACAAGAACUGGGCCAAAUCGCUAAUGCUCUUACCACGCCAGCGAAUUCAGGCAGCGGCAAUUUCCAUAGCCUUCUGGCACAGAAGGUGGACUGGACCGAUCAGUCGACCCGGGAAACAUUCCAGGAGCGAGUGCUCAGCGGGCGGCGCAGACACCAGUGUGAAUACCACGAUAAAACAGAAUAUUUAACUUUGCCAGCGCUUAAGAACGCUAAACCGUCGACAGGACCCGUGACCACCUGCUCCGUGAGCGGCGGGUCCCUCAUAGGAUAGUCCCUCCGCCCCUAGGGGUGGGACUCGACGCUGGAAGCUUUCAACUCUUUUUGCGUUCAGGCAUAAAUAACUAAAUAAAUGAAUGAAUAAAUAAAAAUAAUAAUAAUGUAAUAAUUAUGAUUACAGACUUCCUGUCAUUUUAGUUUGUUUAACAGACUACUUUGUAAUUUUUCCUGAAUUUUUCUCACACUACCGGAAGUAGAGCAUUUCACAGCCUAAUGUUAAACGCGUUCAGCACCUUGGAAAACGACUCCGUUCAUUAUUAGGAAAAAUUACACUUAAAAUUUAGAAAACGCGUAACGUGUGUGCUCCCCAUAUCAACCCUCAUAAUUUUUUUCUUUGAAUUCCUUUUUGGGGGUUCUGCAAUCGAACCUGAACUCAAAGCCGAUAUACCGCAUGGGGGGAGAAGCGUGCCGUUUCAGGAAUUCAUUCAUGCAAUUGUAUGCUCUUCUGGAUAUGAUCACAAGAUUUCUCCGAUAUGAUCUUACUGAACAG